UAUUACGUUGCAGAUGAGUCAGGGUCAGCCAAGGAGGCCUCAAGCUGGCGGGCAAGACAACACGGUGGCCUUGAGCAAGAUCGUCCUUUGAGAUAUGGCGACGUUUUCAACGUUUCUGGCGAAGUAGCACCAGAAGAUGCUAACAUGAUGCAGAUCAGUGCGGAAAGCACCGUACUUGGACAGACCCAGAAGGGUGGUCCAGCUGCUACCUUGCAAUCUGCUGCAACUCGCAAUGAGCAAGCUGGCUUUGUUAGUUAUUGGCUGGCCAGCGAUGCUGCUGCUGACCAACGUGUUACUGUAACUGAAAAUGACAUUACAGGAGCCCGCUUAGUCACAGAAGGCGUUGCUGAACAGGUUCUCUAAACAACCCUAAUCUGACUGCUCGUCCUGGUGGCGUUGCCGCGUCCUUGACUGUACCAGCUAGGCUCAAUGAUAUGUGAUAAAGUGAUGCUAUGUCUAUUAGCGUUUUUUGUGUCUUUGUUCAGUGUAAGAUAAGCUUGGUUUUCUGGGUGCGUGGUUUGUAUACUAAUAACUGCAGGUGUUGAAGGUUAGUCUUGCAUCCGGAAGGGAGUGGCUUUUCUUAUAGUGAAGGCAAUACACUUUUCUGUAACUAGUCGUGUCUCGUUGAGUAUAUAGGUUUUGGAGUCCUUGGUGGUCACUAUGAACUGAGAAGGCAGUUGUUUCUCUUAGUUGCUUGCUGCUCGAUCUGCAACAGUUAAUAAACCACCGUUUCCAGUUUU